GGCGCCCACCGUGUUGACGUAAGAUGUUAAGUUAUCGAUAACACUGAUGUAAUCCGUUAUUCACAUUUUAUAUACCACCACACUCCAAUGUAAGCGUAUAAAAUGGCAGGUUUGUGUUUUGUCCGUGGAGCUUUUAUCGGUCUGGGCUUUAAAACGGGAAAACGAAGCAGUUUGUCGGUUACGCUUCUCUUGGGAGCUGCGACUCAAACCAGGAUCCGGGUCAAACAGUACAGCCAGGGCGCGGAGAAAAAUGGUCGCGGUCAGUUUGUUUGUUACCCCCUUCCGCACAGGACCCUGUUGAAGAUUGAAGGCCAGGACACAAGCCCGUUUCUACAGGGAAUUAUAACCAAUGACAUGAAGCUGCUGGAGGAGCCUGAGUGCGCUGCCAUGUACUCACACAUGCUGAAUGUUCAGGGACGAACAUUGUAUGACAUCCUGUUAUACAGUCUGAAAGGAGGAGGAGAACAUGGCGUUUUCCUUGAGUGUGACAGCAUGGUUGAGAGCUCAGUGCUAAAACACUUGAAGGUUUACAAGAUCCGGCGAAAUGUGAACAUCAGCCUCUGUCCGGAGCUGUCGGUGUGGGCAGUACUUUCACAGCAAGGAAGCCCAAAUCAAGACACAUUUAAACCUGAGCUAUCUGACCCUGGAAAAGCUCUGGUGUGGGAGGCUGAUCCCCGAACUGCGCAAAUGGGGUGGAGACUGGUCAUGCAGAGUCAGAUUGACCCCUUAGAGAUCAUUUCAUCUUGUCAGAAAGGAGACACAGAAGAUUACCACAGACAUCGCUACUCAAUAGGACUUCCUGAGGGAGUAAAUGAUCUUCCCCCUGGAGUAGCACUACCACUGGAGUCUAACCUUGUCUUCAUGCAGGGUAUCAGCUUCAGCAAGGGGUGCUACAUCGGUCAGGAGCUCACGGCCAGGACUCAUCACACUGGGGUAAUUCGGAAACGCCUCAUGCCAGUACGUUUCUCAUCUCCAGUCCAACAAUUCGGGGAAGGAGCCACGCUCCAGACGCAGUCUGGCAAACCAGCUGGUAAACAUCGAUCUGGCGUCGGGGAGCUGGGUCUGAGCCUAAUUCGCACCGCUCAUGCCAAAGAAGUGUUGACGCUGAAAUCCUCCGACGACACAACAGUGACACUUCAGGCCUCUGUGCCAGACUGGUGGCCUACAGACGUAAAAAUGAACUGAAGAGGACGUUUUGUUGCUCCUUGAAAUGUGACGCAUAUCAGAGCUGACAUAUUUAAGACAGACAAAACCCUCAAGAAGAGUUUAAUUGCUUUGGAAAGCUUCUCUUAUUUUCUAAUAUCUCUAUUUCUUAAUCUAUUGAAAAUUUA